CCGCAUGCUGAUUUACCGCCUGGGACUUACAGGUGAGAUGCUCAGAGGGAGCCCAUCUCCACUUAUUGCCUCAUGCUAACAUACUGAAUGCAUAACAUUUAGAAAUCAAUAGCCGCUUUUUCUUACGUGGGCUUCAUUCUCAAGUCUUCAUCCCAAGCAGUUAUUAAAAUAGCAGAAUUCGCAGGGGACCGAUAAUACUGGCUGAAGAUCCAAUCGAGGGACAAUUUGUUCUUGAAAAAUGCACGAACAGGGACAGGAUGUGGGUGUCCGAGGUGAUGCUUUUUACCCCAGCGAUUGUUCGCCGCUGUCAGGAGAACCUGCUACGUCCAAAAGCGAACCAGACUCGCCGCUUUGCGCCUCCAGCCAGACGAAGAACUUGGGGGAAGACGACGCUUUGUCAGGGGAGACGCGAAACUCCCAAAAAGGUUGUAAAAUCUCAGAGCCUAAACCUGAGAAACGGUACUUGGGAGUCCGUGUGAGAAUGCCAGUCAGGGACAUGCUUAGACGGAUACGCAUCGCCAAGGGGGUGGACCCGGCAGCACUGCAGGGCACCACAGGAAAAACGUCGAAAGGCUCAGGGGAAAAGAAACGGGUACCUUCGAGUGGAGAUCGCCGCAGUAGGGCGAAUAAAAAACAAAUCAAAAGCCUGGAGGACCUGGCCAUUAUCGUGGAAGUGCUAGAGGAAGACCUCAAAGCCAGCAGAAGGAGAUGCCCUGAAAGGGCCUUUUCGGCAGCCAUCUUCUCUGGGUGGGAGGAAGACUUUAGAGGGGAGGAUUUCCCCUGUCAAAACCAAAUGUUCAAACACAGUCAUAGAUCGAGCCCAGCUGUGAUGCAGGAGAGCCCAACGCCCUCAGAGGUCUCUCCAACAAGCCCCACAAAUCAAGCAUGGAGCUUCUCUCCAAAUCCAAUGAACACAGAAGACAUGGUCCCCUCUCCCACCGUUUGGGGCAGCCUUUACAGUGACGACUCGGAGGAAAGGUUCCCCAGCCCCCAACCAGCCAUGGCCCUCCCAAACAGCCAUGCCAAAUGGCUGGGACCAUCACCCCCAGACUCCUCCCCUAACAGCCCCCAAGACCUCCGUAGGGAGCGUCUCCAGGACCAGGGAGUCUUCCCCACCAGCUGGGCCAGUCAGUUGGCUAGUGACUGGGAUGGAAUGUCUUUUUUCUUGUUCCAGCUGCAGAAGCAGGAGUCACUGCUAAGGGGAGUUCCUGAGAAGGAGCUCCUGGCCACGGAUGACAAGGGAAGAACCACAGCUGCAUAUUUUUGGAGAGCCAGGAGACUGCUCCACAGCGCAGUGACUGAAGGGAAGAGAGCACUGGCCCAUGUGAUUGCCAGAAGAAUGGCAGCUGUAAACCAGCUGGACAUCAGAGAUUCAGGCGGAAAGACAGCGCUUCACUUGUCAGCCCAGAGGAACCAGCACUUAAUGGUGGCUGACCUGCUCUUCUUUGGUGCCAAUGUCAACCUAAGGGACAAGUCUGGGAAGACGUGCCUCCAUCUCAGUGCAGAAAACGGCUACGUCAGAGUCCUGGAGGUUUUGAGACAAGCGGUACAUAACGGCAUGUAUUUGGACAUCGAAGCCAGAGAUGCGAACGGGAUGAGCGCGCUGCAGUGUGCCUUGAACGCACUGGAUGCAAACACCAGGGCUCUGGGGGGGAGCGUGGCCCCCAGCCAGAUGAGGCUGCACAUGCUGUGCAGGGAGCAGCUCCUGGACUCCCUGGAGUGCAUGCUUCACAUGGGGGCCGGCUGGCGCGGCCCGGGCCCCGCCCAGAGCUACGCACUCGCUGACCAUGAGGGCCAGCUGGCCCGUAGCUCCGUGUGGGUCCGGCCCACGGAGGGAGCCCUGCUGUAGGGGCACCAACCUGACACAGUGUGGGAGGUAAAUCCACAUUUAUUUCUGCCAAGAAAGGCAGCCCCGAGAACUGACAGUACAUGUUUUUGAGUCGGCACAAGCCUGAGCACAUCUUGGAACAAAGGUCCUUUUGGCCUGAGCAAGAACCCAUUAGCCUUAAAGAAAACCCACCUGCCAUUGACAGAUCAGUUCAGUUUGCAUGAUGCUUAUAUGCUGUUCCAAGGUAUGCCUCAGAUUUUGCGUAAUGCAACCAGAGUUAUAAAAGACAGGCACCUGGGGACAGACCCUCGGAUUCCGAUGACCUUUUGCAAGACUGGUUUCAUGUUAGUUGGUUUCUGUGAAACUUCCAUAGUUUGUUAAAUUAAUGCAGUAAAGUUGAAAAACUGAAAGUGUAGCGAGUCACUGCUUCAGUAAAGUGACCCAGAUGCAUAGUAAUAUUUCUCUGCUUCUUGUCUGCAGACAGAUGAAGCAAUUUCAGUGAGUACAAAACUGAUGGUGAUUAUGCUGACAGUCAACAUUUACAGUUAAGCUUCAGCUGAUGUUUUCUAACUAUUUCCUGCAAUUUAUGAUGAUUAAACAAAGGUACUUUCUAAAGAUAAACCUAUCAGAGUAUUUCCUAUGGGAUUGUUUAGAGAGUGUAGUUAGAUUCAUUGUACUUGGAGGAGUAUCUGCUUCUAGAAAUACAUUUAUAGUUUUAAGGAUGUUUUUCAGAUGUCCAGGUAUUAUAUGUUAUGAAACAUAUAGUUUUAGUUUGAGAAAUGCAAUAGUGUAAACCAUAAUUAUUUUACCUAGACCAGGAUAAGCAGUGGAUGAAUAAGAAAAUAAACGUAAUGAAUUAUUUUACAGGGUUGCAUACGCACACCGGCUAAGCAAGCAACCUUACUAAAGGACCUGUAACAUUAUAUGUAUUGAACCUGUCAGACUGACGUAGAUCAAAUAAAGGACAAAGUGGAAAAGAAAAA